AUGCUGUUUGGUGUCAAGGACAUCGCACUGCUGGAGCACGGGUGCAAGGCCUUGGAGGUGGACAGUUACAAGUCCCUGAUGAUCCUGGGGAUUCCGGAGGACUGCAACCACGAGGAGUUUGAGGAGAUCAUACGGGUCCCUCUCAAGCCUCUGGGCAAAUUCGAAGUGGCUGGGAAAGCCUUUCUGGAGGAAGACAGGACCAAGGCGGCCAUCAUUAGACUGGCGGAGGAGCUCAACUAUGCCGCGGUCCCCAGGGAGAUCAAGGGCAAGGGCGGGAUGUGGAGAGUGGUCUACAUGCCCCGGAAGCAGGACGUCGAAUUCCUGACCAAGCUGAACCUGUUCCUGCAGAGCGAGGGCCGAACGGUGGAAGAUGUGGCCCGAGUCCUGAGACAGGAACUGUGCCCGACAGCGACAGGUCCCAGAGAGCUGCCCGCCGUGAAGUGCUGCCUGCCUCUGCCUGGGGAGCACCCAGAGGCCGGGGCCACUGCCAGGGUGGAUGCGGUGCCACCUCCGAGCUCCCUGGAGAAGGAGAGCAAGGCUGGAGAGGGCAAGAGGAGCAAGAGGAAGCACAAGAAGAACCGUCGACGGCGCCACGCCUCCGACAAGAAGCUGUGA